UUACAGAAAUAUUCAGUGAGUAAAACUUUGGCUUCAUGCGUGGAACCAUGGGCCAUGGCUCAGGUCACUAAGAACAUAUUCCCAUUUAGGAAUUGCUACAUUGAAAUGCAGCUUGUUUCAUGGAUCAUGAUGUAAGAAACUACCAUGUGAAAACUUACUUUCAUCACUUUAAACAAUGGCAGUUGUUCAUCUAUACUGGAUCAUCUAUUCUCUUUUCAUGGCUUGUCUGAGUGAAUUAUAAGGAUUCAAGAAAUGGAGAAUGGACCAAUCAAUAAUCAAUUGAGCAUUCAAGGAAUGGAGAAUGGACGCAUCAAUAAUCAAUUGAGUUAUUCCCAUUUUUAGGCUGUGCAUGUCUUGGAAGAGUAUCAUCUUGAAUUGGAAGGGAGCAGAUAGAGACCUUCUAAGCUGAAAUAGAUGAUCAUGAAAGGAGGUUGUUGGAAACCAAGUGGAGAUUGGGACUCUUUUCAAACUGUCUCUUGCUCUCUCUCACAUUUUCUUCUUAAGAAGAAUAUGGGAUGCUCUGAGUUAGUAUGAAUGUAACAUUUGGCUAAUGAUAAUGGAGCCGUUUUCUUUCUUCAAACAUUAUAUACAGAGACCUUUUGCAAUUGUCUUGUUCUAUCUCUUGCUAUCAUUAUGUCUCUGGGAUUGUAAUGGAGCAGUUCGAGAUUCUCCUUAUCUGAUCGGCUUGGGAAGUUAUGACAUAACGGGGCCUGCAGCUGAUGUCAAUAUGAUGGGUUAUGCAAAUACCGAACAGGUUGCAUCUGGUGUUCACUUUAGAUUGCGAGCUCGGUCAUUUAUUGUAGCAGACUCUGGAGGAAACCGCGUAGUGUUUGUAAAUCUUGAUGCAUGCAUGGCUUCCCAACUUGUCACUAUUAAAGUUCUCGAGAGACUCAAGGCCAGGUACGGGAACCUAUACAAUGUACAAAAUGUGGCCAUCAGUGGUAUUCACACACAUGCAGGACCAGGGGGUUACCUUCAGUAUGUUGUUUAUCUUGUAACAUCUCUUGGAUUUGUACGACAAUCAUUUGAUGUCAUUGUUGAUGGCAUUGAGAAAAGCAUUAUAGAAGCUCAUGAAAAUCUCCGACCAGGAUCAAUUUUUGUGAACAAGGGUGAUCUUCUUGAUGCUGGUAUAAAUCGUAGUCCUAGUGCUUACCUCAAUAACCCAGCAGAGGAACGGAAGAAAUACAAGUAUAAUGUCGACAAGGAAAUGACACUCCUGAAGUUUGUAGAUGCUGAGUGGGGCCCUGUUGGAACUUUUAACUGGUUUCCCACCCAUGGGACCUCAAUGAGCCGUACAAAUUCUUUAAUAAGUGGCGACAAUAAAGGGGCGGCUGCUCGUUUUAUGGAAGACUGGUAUGAACAAAAUCAGAAAAGAGCUCAAAGGAUGCAUUCCAGUUUGCUUGGCCUCAGCCUUAAUCAAAUUAGUGAGAUCCCUAGAAGAGUUUCCUGGAUGAUCUCCGAUCAGAAUGCAAAUCAUAAGGAGUUAAUUGAGCUUGCGGGUUCUUUUCAAAGUCCAGGUGGGAGGCCAGUAACAAAGUUGCUUGGUGUCUCUCAGCGGAUUCGGAAUUCCCUGAAGAUGAGUGGCCAUCCAAGCUUUGUCUCCGCAUUUUGCCAGUCUAAUGUUGGGGAUGUGAGCCCAAAUGUUCUCGGUGCUUUUUGCAAUGACACUGGGUUACCUUGCGAUUUCAAUCACAGUACCUGCAAUGGAAAAAAUGAGUUAUGCUAUGGCCGUGGUCCAGGCUAUCCUGAUGAAUUUGAAAGCACUCGGAUAAUUGGCGAGAGGCAAUUCAGAAAAGCAGUUGAUUUAUUCAAUACGGCAUCUGAACAGUUGAAAGGGAAAGUUGAAUAUCGACACACAUAUGUGGAUUUCUCCAAACUUGAGGUUAGUCUCUCAGGAGGGAAUGGCAAGCAAGAGGUUGCUAAAACAUGUCCAGCUGCUAUGGGUUUUGCUUUUGCUGCUGGAACAACUGAUGGACCAGGAGCUUUCGAUUUUAAGCAAGGGGAUGAUAAGGGAAAUCCUUUUUGGAAGCUGGUGAGGAAUGUACUGAAAACACCAGAUAAGGAGCAAGUUGAUUGUCAGCAGCCAAAACCUAUAUUACUUGACACAGGAGAAAUGAAGCGGCCAUAUGACUGGGCGCCCUCCAUACUCCCCAUACAAAUACUCAGGAUUGGGCAGAUGGUCAUUCUCUGUGUUCCUGGAGAGUUCACAACAAUGGCUGGGAGACGCCUCCGUGAUGCAGUUAAGACAGCCCUAAUAAAUGGUGGGAAUGGAGUCUUUGAUGGCAAUAUGCAUGUCGUGAUUGCAGGGCUCACUAACUCCUACUCACAAUAUGUGACCACCUUGGAGGAGUACCAGAUUCAGAGAUACGAGGGAGCCUCAACACUCUAUGGCCCACACACCCUCAGCGCCUACAUUCAAGAGUUCAACAAGCUCGCCACUGCUCUAACAAGCGGCCAUCCCGCAAGUCCCGGCCCCCAACCCCCUGACCUCCUUAACAAACAAAUCAGUCUCCUUCCCCCUGUCGUAGUCGACAUGACCCCUCCUGGCACAAGCUUUGGCGAUAUGGACACAGAUGUCCCGAAAAAUGCCUCAUUUAAGAGAGGUGACAAAGUGGUGGCUUCGUUUUGGUCAGCUUGUCCUAGAAAUGAUCUCUUAACUGAGGGGUCCUUUGCAGUGGUGGAGAAGCUUAGUGAGACGGACAAUAAAACUUGGGUUCCAUCUUAUGAUGAUGAUGAUUUUUGCUUAAGGUUCAAGUGGGGGAGACCAUCCAGGUUUAGUACGCAUAGCUAUGCGACAUUGGAAUGGUAUAUACGACAAAAUGCGGUGCCAGGGGUCUAUAGAUUAACACACUAUGGGGCAGCAAAGAGGAUAUUCGGAUCGAUCCAUCAUUUUACAGGGUCAUCUAGCGCUUUUGUCGUCGUUUAGCGAGAGGAUUUGGAAGUUGGUGCCAAAUUUGUAUGUUAUAGAUAUUGCUCUUGCUCAAGCAUGCUUAAUUGUGUAGGUUUAAUCAUGUUGCUACUGAUAUGUGGAAUUUUAAUGUGAUCUGGUGUAUAUAGUAUUGGAAUGCAAUGUGUCCUGGCC